AUGGAAUAUGUUUUUAAUUAUCAUUUAAAGCAACGACUUUCAAUACAAGUAAAUUGGAUUGAAUUAUUUCAACAAUGGUUAACAAAAACAUCAACUAUAAUAGAAUUACAAUCUAGCUUGCAAGCAUUAUAUCCACCUUAUCACAAAAUAAAUGAUUGUGAACUACGUGCAUGGAAAGCUAUAUUAAAAGCUACAGAAUAUACAGAAAUCACCCUAUUUGAUAAAAACCAAUCAGUAGUAAAAACUGGUCAAGAUAUAGAAAAUGCGAUUAAAGAAAUUCAGGGAACUUCUGUAACACACUUGCAACCUAAUCGUACUAGAG